GUUAAUGUUAGCAGUCAGUCUGAGAGGGAGGAGUGGGCUCAAGAAAACCGAAGAAAACAUUGCAGCAUGACGCUAACAAACAAUACACCUCUGCUGCGCUGCCGUGGAAACAUUAAUCUCAUAAAGAUGAACAAAAAAUGCAGGCUGCAGCGGGUCAGGAACUUGACGAGCUAUGUUACCUGUCGGCGCAGUCCAUGUCGAGUCUGAAGGUUUCCGACCACUUUCAGGUGGUAAAACUCCUGGGAGAGGGAUCCUAUGGAAAGGUCAUGUUGGCUGUACACAGAAAGAGAGGAACCCCAAUGGCUUUGAAGUUCUUCCCUCGUCAGUCUACCUCCCUCACCUCUUUCCUGCGUGAAUACAAUCUCUCCCUUUCUUAUUGCACCCAUCCUUCUCUGACUCGGGCACUUGGCAUCUUCUUUUCCACGCCAUCCUACUAUGUCUUUGCCCAACAAGCCGGUCUCUAUGGUGACCUUUACAACGUAAUUGUGUCUGAGGACGGGGUGGAUGAAGAGUGUGUCCAGAGGGUAAUGUCCCAACUGACCAGUGCUGUGAUGCACCUCCACUCGCUGGGCUUUGUCCACCGUGACAUCAAACCUGAGAAUAUAUUCCUGUGUGACAGUUCCUGUCGCUGGGUCAAGCUGGGUGACUUUGGUCUCGCCCGGGCCAUCGGCACUACUGUUCGUGCUGUCUGGUAUGACUCGCCCUUCUGUACUCCUGAGGUGGAGCCUGUCAAGGAGGCUGAGAAAGAGAGGCAGAGGAAGGAGUGCGAAGGGAUUGAGGAGGAGAUGGAGGACAUUUGGAUAUCAGUGGAGCCUUGUAUUGACAGCUGGGCUCUUGGUGUACUCGUCUAUUGCCUACUAACUGGCUGCUUCCCCUGGGAGGAGAGCACCCAUGAUGACCGUGGCUACGUAAGAUACAAGGAGUGGUUUGACCGGGAGACAGAAAAGGAGGAGAAGAUCAGUGGAAGUGAGUGGAGACCUGAGGAGGAAAAUGACUGUUACACUAUCAUGAAGGAAAACCACAGGAACAAUCCUCCGCCUUCUCAGUUUGAGGGCCUCAGCCCACUUGUGAUGUCUCUUUUCCGAGAGCUGCUCCACCCGCAGCCCAAGUUGCGUGGAAGCCCAGAGGAGCUCCUGAGCUACCUGGGAGGUCCGUGGCUGAUGGAGACAGAGAGAGAGGAGAAGAGGAAAGCAGAGGAGGCAGAGAAGGAGGCCAGAAAAAUAAGAGAGGGAAGCGGGGUAGAAGGAGAGCUGGUGAGGGAAGGAAGGGGGGAGAGAUAA